AUGACCAAAGCGCUCAACUCUCUCCUCACCACCCACGACGAAGGUACUUAUGUUGCCGAGAUCAACGUCGACAUUCCCCUCAUCAACCCUGACGGUCUCGCUCGUUGCAAUGUCUUUCGCCCUAAGGAUACCAAUGACGGUGCUAGGUACCCGGUUUUGAUGACCAUGGGACCUUACGGCAAGGACAUUCCCUAUAGCGACUUCCACCCAGCGUCCUGGAACGAUGUGCCAGAGGAGCAGCGCAGCAAGUACUCCGCUUGGGAGACUCCUGAUCCGUUUUUUUGGACCACGCAGGGUUAUGUCGUCGUUCGCGUUGACGAGCGCGGUCUUGGACAGUCCCCUGGCUUCAUGGACACGAUGAGCAGCUCGACUGCUUCCGAUUUUGCUCAGUGCAUUGAGUGGGCCGCUGUGCAGCCUUGGUGCAAUGGCAAGGUCGGACUUUUGGGUAUUAGUUACUAUGCCGGUUCGCAAUGGCGUGUGGCUGCCCGCCAGCCCAAGGGUCUUACCUGCAUUGUCCCUUGGGAGGGAAUGACAGACUACCUGCGUGACCGCUGCAGGCAGGGUGGUAUCUACUCCAACGGCUUUAUCUCCUUUUGGUGGAACCGUCAAGUCAUCACCAACCAGUACGGCCUGGCUGGCCGUGCCGCGCGAAGGUGGGGACCCGACACUAUCGAGGGUGACCUCCCUGCCGAUGUCCUCAAGGCCAACCGCAGGGAUCAAGUUAUCGACAACUCGGAGCACUGCUACUCUGACGACCCCUAUUACGCUUCCCGCGAGUACAACCUGAGCGAGAUUGAGGUGCCCAUGCUCAGUGUUGCCAACCUCGGCGGCAUUACCCUCCACCUGCGUGGAAAUGUGGUCGGUUAUCUCGAGGCUGGUUCCAAGAACAAGUGGCUUCACUUCGUUUCCGGACGUCACGACAUUCCGUUCUACCUCCCCGAGUACGUCGCCCUCCAGAAGUCCUUCCUCGAUGCGUGGCUCAAGGGCAAGGACGACCGCGGAUGGCUUGAAGGUCCAAACGUCAAGGUUCCGGCUGUCAACCUGCUGGCUCGCAAGGGCAACCCUGGAUUCAACAACACUGCUGCCGAGCGCACUUUCACCAGCCGGGAUGAGCAAGAGUGGCCGCUUGCCCGUACCGAGUACACAAAGUUCCACCUCCGUCCAGACACCAUGACCCUUGGAACUGAGCCUCAGAAUGAGGCAAGCACUCUGGAGACUGAGGGUCUCACCGGCCAGUCGUUCAAGUUUGAGACAGCUCCCUUUGAAGAAGAGACCGAGAUCACCGGUCACAUUCUUGCCAACCUCUGCAUGGGCGUUGACACCGCUCCUGACCUCGACGUCAUGGUCACGCUUCGUCAUAUUGACCCUAAGGGUGACGAGGUCUUUUACACUGGCUCCUCUGGUGACAACGUUCCCGUAUGCAAGGGACACCUCCGUGCUUCACUCCGCAAGAUUGAGACCUCCAGCCCUCGUCACAAGGACUUUCUGCCUUACCGCAGGUACGCCACCGCUGACCGCGAGUGGCUUGAGCCCCACAAGAAGUAUGAUCUUCUAGUCGAACUCUGGCCCACUAGCGUCACCGUCGACAGGGGCGGCAAGCUUAUCCUUGAAGUCUCGCCCAAGGACGAACAGGGCUCCGGCAAGUUCACUCAUAAUCAUCCUCUUGACCGCAAUGAGAAGACACACGGUGGCAUGAAUUUCCUCUACUUUGGUGAAGGCUUGGACAACUGGCUUCAGCUCCCCAUCAUCCCAAAGGCACCUAGGCCAUUCAAGACUAUUGUUGUGGGAGCAGGUAUCGCCGGUCUCACCACUGCCCUCGCACUCCGUGGUCCGGGCCAUGAGAUUCUCGUCCUCGAGCAGACCCGCAUGAAGACGGAGGUUGGUGCCGCAAUUCACGUGGCCCCCAACGCUUCCAAGAUUCUCAAGAAGCUGGGUGUCAACAUGCUCGAGCACCACGGUGUUAUUUGCAAGGGCUUGCACGAGUACGGUGCGGACAACCAGCUGCACAUGAAGGUCAAUGUUGAGCCCGAGAAGAUUGCCGGUGCCUCUUGGACACUCAACCACCGCGUUGACCUGCACAAUGCCCUCAGGGCCGCUACUUUGAGCAGGAAGGGCCCUGGUUCCGUUCCAGUCAUUCGCGGCGGCGCCAAGGUGGUGGCUGUUAACUGUGAUACUGGAACUGUGACUCUGGAGGACGGUGAAGUCGUGCAGGGUGACCUGAUUGUCGGCGCCGAUGGGAUCCACAGCCGCAUUCGUGAGGCUGUUACCGGCGAGAAGAUGAUUGCUUCUCCUUCAGGCCUUUCGGCCUACCGCUGCCUUCUGCCCCGUGACACCAUCAAAGAUAUUCCUGAGGCUAUCGAGCUCCUCAAUUCAGAGUUUGGCUACCUUAAGAUUCUUAUCACGGACAAGCAGGAGCGCAUCAUCAUGUACCCUUGCCGUGACCGCACUGUUCUCAACAUUGUUGCCGUGUGCCCCGACAGCUUUAUGACCGAGGAGUCGUCCCAGUCUUGGAACAAGGCCGGUAACACCAACGAGAUGGUGGCCGCUUUCAAGAGCUUCCCCCAAUGGCUCCAGACGCUUCUCAGCCGCGCUGAAGCUCCGGGACUCUGGCAGCUCCGUGACCAGGACCCACUUGACAACUGGGUUAAGGGCCGUGCCAUUGUCAUCGGAGAUGCAGCGCACGCCAUGCUUCCUCACCAAGGACAGGGCGGUGCCCAGGCCAUUGAAGACGGCGAGGCAAUCGGUGCCUUCUUCGACCAUGUACAGGGUGCUGUCUCGCUCGAGGAGGUCAACACUAUUCUCAAGCAGGUCUUUGACGUUCGCUACAAGCGCGCUUCGACUGUACAGGCCUUCUCCCGCGUCCAAGCCAUGCCCCCCAAGGAGGACAACGGUGGACACGUCAACAACUCCAAGAUGUUCAUGCCUUGGAACUGGAAGUACGAGGGCGCCAGGGACUGGCAGCAGAGGCAGAAGGAGGGUCGCGCUGACCUAGAUCUCGACUUGUAG